GUGUGUUAGUGUGUCGCUCUAAUCGCUGCGCCUUACCUCCCGGACGGUUUGCGACGUCACGGUUUUGCCUUGCCCUUGCCCUGCGGUUUCCUGCCGUUCCUUGCACUGCGGUUCCCUCUGCCGAGAGUGAUUGCGCUUCGUGGCCUUCGUGUGGUGUGAACGUUGAAUUAGUUCUUUUAUUCCCCGCACAUUACAUUAGUGUCCCGGUUCUUUCUGAGUGCAGAAUAGUUUUCGAAGUGUUUGUGAUUUUUGUUCAUUCCCCUUUCCGGACAUAUUUUGCACAACGUCCUUCGCGCUUCGUAAAACCAAUUGCUAGCGAAGGAAACGGGGACCGGGUUGAAGCUGGUUGAACCAUUACCCGUAGCAGAAAAGUGUAAAAAUUGCAGAAAAAAAACUUGUAAUCGCUGCACAGUAUGGUGGCGAUAGGGGGAAAGAAAUAAGAGUUGAAUUCCCGGGCCCGGCCUGAUGUGUGGCCUGUUGGCUUUCGUCCUUCUCCACGUGCAGACUCCGUCAGUGUGGUCGUAGCGGCAGUAGCAGCAGUAGCGUAUGAGCGUACCGAAAUAGAGCCUAUUUUUGGAACACGGGGGCAGCUGGAAGCAACACGUUAACCUGUCGACAUUGGAUCCGGUCGAAUUGUGAAGUUUUGAACGGUGUUAAUCGUUGAAGAAACUGUGGUGAAAACACAGUACCGCGGUCCGAAGAAAGCGGUUUUUAGGCAGGCUUUGGUUGUGUUGUCUGGAACUUUGGUUCGCCAACUAUGAAAUCGACCGGUGUGCAACGAGUUACAGCGAGUGAUCACCCUAUGCCGCAGCAAGGCGUGCGUAGUCAUAGCUGGAGAGGUUCCGCCUCCAUCAACGACCGGAUAGCUAUGGACAAAUAUCAGGAGCGGCGGCCAUUAUCUCUACGUAAGACGCGCAGCCAACGUCUGCUGGACCAACCUGCGCUUCAUUCUGUCGCCAAAACUGCCAAACUGAUGCCACGGUUUACGCGCAUUCAAGUGUUAAGCAUCAUCAAAUUAGCGACCAUGGAUAAGCUGCGCGAGUCGGGCGCAGGGGAUGAUCCAACCACUCAGCAACGGUUGGCCACGGACGGCCAGGGUGGAACUGCGGCGGCGGCCGGCGGCGAAGGAACGUCCGACGAGUACCAUCAUCAGUUUUACAACACUGGCCGGAUAGGACGGCGGAACGCGCUGCCAGACAUACUGGGGACGCACUGUACCACGACCACGGCCGAUCUGUCCUCGCAACUCGGUUCCCUCUCUACCUCGGACUGUGCCGGUAAGGCGUCCGACGGGAGCAGUAGUUGCAUAGCAGCCGGAAACAAUGGUCAACCGCCACCGACGACAACCGCUACGUAAAGCCAGCCCACCUGCUGUUGCUGCUUGCUUGCGCCUGAGCUUGCCCGAGAGGAAUGAUGAUGGGGUGUGGGGUUCCCGCGCUCUCCCAGUCUAUGUCGCUGCACUAUGUUUGGGCAGACAAAACAAAGGAAAAUCCUGCCCACAACAGUGUGUGUGAGUGUCAGUGUUGUGGAAAACGUUCUGUGUGUCGUCUUCGAUACCGAAGUCAAAGUGUGGACCGUAGUGGCGUUUCCAACAGACCGACCAACACACCCGGAAACAGGAGAUGGAUGCGCGUGGAGGGUGUGAAAGGCGCGGAGAAGUGUGAAAGAGUGGGUUUCUGUUUAGGUAAUUUAUUUAUUUCCCUCUCAGCCUGAAAAACUCGAUUGCAGAUCGUUCCCGCAAUUGGAAGUCGGUCGAAGAGCGUAGGCAUAGUAAAAAAACACACACACAAACACGGAAAAGCGCAAGGCAAGAAGAAAUCCGACCCCAAAGAGCCAAAGAUAGUGGGAUGCGCUUCGAAACGGUGGUGGAAAGUGGAAACAAAAAGGGCGGAUAAGCGGAGAACAUUUUUAAGUAAGAUGCUAGUUAGAUGCUUUCGUAUGCGAAUGUGGCUCAGUUUUGUUUUUUGGUAGUUAGGACAAUGAACGUAACGAAGGUAUGGCAGCACACCUGUCGAUGCGAGUACAGCUUUGUUAAGGUAUCCCAUGAAUCCAGGAGCCCAUCCCAUGAAUGGUGAAUGAUGUCGUUGGGCCGAAACGAUAAGUUAUUAGUCGCCGAUCUCGCACCAGUAGUAGUGUUGCGCUACAACUCUCUAGCUGUAACGCUCGUUUGUCAAUGCUGUGGAUUGCAUAUUGCAACAAUGCAACAGUGCUUUGCAGCAGGGUGGAAUGAUACUGCUGCUAUUCUGUGUAAUCUACCAGUGUUUGAGGCCAGCGUUUUUAUUCUAACAAACGGGCAAUGUUAAUUACCAAAACUUUAGUGAUUUCGCUGACUUCAGAUGCAUUUUUAAACAUCUCUCGAAACGUUGGUUCCAAGUUCCUUCAUGGUGUCGAUUGUGUUGCGUUGCCCUUCAGGUAUUAUCGUAAGGUGGGGGCGGUUCACGAUCAUCGUCCUUCGAACUUUGUUUGCGAUCGUUCCCAUGUACUGUAGGUAUGGAGAGGUAUGGUGUUUAGCAGUCCAGUCACUGGUUGAUACUACCAAGAGAUCUUUGAAGUGAAUUAUCACUAGCUUUAGUAAACUACGUUUCGCACACACGUAUUACAGGGAGUUGAUCCUUUUUAAAUGGUAUCGCUAUAAUUUAUAAGAUCCGAUAAAGAUAACUUCGUUUAGCUUCUAGCACCACCUGACAAUGACAGCUCCUUGCAGCCUAGCAGCGAACUGCAGGGUUAUAGAUAGGUUGAAAACCCGUGAAUCAUCUACAAAGGCUCUUAGCACGCGUAAGGCGCCACAGAAGUAAUAUGUCCUAUCCCAUGUAUGACUUAUUCCUUCCCACGCACGCCACUCCCGCCCAUCGCACAUGUCUUUAAACGAUUUGUUCCUUACACCUGCUCUCACUAGGGUAAACAACGAAUUUUUGCUCCUUUUCUGUUCAUGUCCAAAGAUACAUUUUCACACGUUGCUUUUUCCACCUUGUCUGGGGAGAAACGCGUGGAAAUGGGGGAUGCGUGUAGUAAUGUGGUAAUCUUACGAAUUAUGUCCAUGUGAUAAAUUAGACGAACCAAGGAUGAAAAGGAAUACAAUAAGGAGAGCAAAUCAAUGGCAAUUAACUUCGUGCAGACGCGUUGCGAAUUAGUUUCUACUGUUGUGUGUGACUUUACUGCGUUUUGUUGUGCAAAUGCUCUCUUUCGCUCUGGUAAAGCUGCUGCCAGUUUUCCAUGACUAUCUUUUUGUUUUAUUUUUGUUUGUUUUUUGGUUGUUGUACUGAACGUUCGGGUUGUUUUACUUUAAUCGUGCACAAUGUUUUAGUUUUGCAGUAUGAAUGGACGGGACCCAGGAGUAUUCAAACGCUUUUUUGAAUGUUACAAAACACCACGAAUCUUACCAAGGUACGCUAAAGCGAUUUAAAACAGAAGCUUUUAAAAUGAACAUCACGUUAACAUAUGAGCAACAAUAGGGAGGAAGUUCGAGGAGACUCCUUAGCAGUGGAGCUGAAGUAUGAGAGGCAGAAGAGGGCAGAGUGAUAGAGGGGGAGAAGUGGAUGAUAAUAAAAGCAUGAUAAAGGGGAGAAGAGAACGCCCCCCCAUCUAGAUGUGUCAAUUGUCGAAAUACAAAAAUAAUAUAAGUUCAGUGCAAAAAAAAAAAAAAAAACGUUGACGUUGGUAAUGCACUUUAAAGGCUGAAAAAGCCUUUAAGUGGCAACUGGUAACAGUGACUUUGCAUUCGGAGCCCCCAAUAGCAGAAAUGAAAUUUACAAAACCAAGAGUUUAUACAACUAAAAUUAGGCACACUGUGAACAUUAGAAAUCGGAGAGCGGAGCGGAGGAAAAAAUGGAAGUACAGAGACGAACGGGGGAAAAAUAGUGAAACUGGAGUGUGGAAUUAUUUUUCUAAUGUUUUGAUUAAUUAAUCACUAGUUUCAGUACCGGUGAUGAUGUGUGUUGUGUUCUUUUUUUGUAGUCGCAUAUUUGUAAGCUUGCCUAGGAACGCAAGGGAAACAAUUAACACAAUUUCGAAGAAUCCUUUUUGUAUACACAUUCACGUAAAGUCACGCGUUUCAACCGACGCUAGAAAGUUGCAUACCACAACAAAAACGAGAAAAACAAAUAAAAAAGCUCCCCCCCCCCCCCUUUGACACCAUACCGAUCACACAUAGCAUUAGCAGCAAAAUGUAUAGGUUUUAAGAAUUGUAUUUAUGCUAAACCGGUAUAUAAUAUAUACACAUACACAUUACAAUGAAUGAAUGAAUAAAUGAAUGAUGGCGCAAAAAUUGAGCCAGUUUGCA